UUGGAUUUAAUGUUACUUACGCCGCUUAACCUCUUUCACCGCCAUAAUCUGGAAUUUCAUACAUUUAUAAACCUUAAGUUAAAUUAAAAUGAAUAACUAACAUUUUUUAUUUUAUAAACUGUCAUAACGCUCGAUUCUUGUUUAUAUUUAAUGGUUGAAAUGAAGGAACUUGACACAGUAUCUCUAGUGAUGAAUUAAAAGUUUUAAUACAGCAUUAAAUAUUCAUAACAAUAUAUUCUUAUUUGCUUUCUCACCUAAUAAAGAUGUCGCAACCCAAAAAUGCUAACAUUCUACAGUGGACAAUAGAUUUGAAUUAUGCGAAUAAGAAGCGUUCUAGCUCUUUCAAAUGGAGUAUCAUCAAUGGGGCUCUGCUGUUAUUAUUCGUAUAUGAUCUGUCAUGCAAAUGUGAAGGGUACACAUCGGCCCUGCAUUACGUGGAGCUGGUGCUGGCGGGCGUGGCGGGCGCCAACCUGGCGCAGCACGUGCUGCGGCUGCUGCUGCGGCCGCGCGCGCCGCCGCGCCUCACGCCGCGCCAGCGCCGCCUGCUCGGCCUCGCGCACCGCGAUUCGCCGGUGCGAGCAGCGUCGCCCGAGCGGACAUUCAUAGAGCAGAGUUUGGAGUCGAGCGCGGAGGAGGACGCGCUGUGCCUGUCGCAGUCGCCGCGCGCCUGGCGCUCCGCCUCCGCCUGCCCCGCGACCCCCGCGACCCCCGCGUCCCCCGCGUCCCCCGCCUCGCACCUCUCCCUCUCCUCGCUCUCGUCCCUGUCGUCGUCCUCGCCGUCCUCGCCGCCGUCGCCGCCCGCGCUGCCCGCCCGCCGCCACGAGCGGCUCGACCGCGACGAGUUCAUUUCGGACCACGGCACGCUCGCCGAGUAUCUGAGGCAGUACGAGGAGCGCAGCCGGCUGCGGUGGCCGGCGGGCGCGGCGGCGGCGGCGGCGGCGGCGGCGGCGGCGGCGGCGGCGGCGGCGGCGGCGGGCGGCGGCGCGGCGGCCGCGGCCCGGCCCGCGGCGCCCGCGCCCGCCUACCACCUGGCCGCACUCGACACAGAGGGCGCGAGCGGCGGCGGCGGCGGCAAGGCGGAGGAGGCCGCGGGCGGCGGCGAGGCGGCGGUGCCGCACGCGCCGCACGUGUGGCGCCGCCUGCACCUCGACCCGCAGCAGCUCACGCAGUUCAACCUCAACCUGCGCCUGUGGAUCCACGCGACGAUCCUGCGGCGGCUGGUGCGCGAGCUGAACGCCGCCGACGCCGCGCUGGCCGCGCACGCGCCGCCGCACCAGCGCCUCGGACAGAUGAGCGUGGAGCAGCUGCGCAAGCUGGCGGCGGGCGGCGGCGCGCUGGGGGCGCAGCUGGCCGCGCUGCUGCCCUACCUCGAGCCCUUCGCCGACCAGCAGUACGUCGUGCAGCGCUACCACGAGCUGGCGCGCGGCGGCUGCCUGAGCGAGUACAAGUGGAACGGCGGCGGCGGCGAGUGGCACGAGGCGCGGCCCACGGACGCGGAGCUGGUGCUGCAGCUGGUGGCCGCGUACCUGGACGCGCAGCUGCCCGCCGCCGCCGCCGCCGCCGCCGCCGCCGCCCGGCCGUUCAGCGCCGCGCACGUGACCGCCGCGCCUGCACCGCCGCCGCGCGCGCCCGCCGCGCUGGCGCUGCACCGCGUGUCGCGCCGCCCGCCGCACUACGUGCUCGUGCUGGGCGACGACACGCUCGAGGUGGGCGGCGGCCGCAACAACCUGCUGCACGCGCUGCUGCUGCUGGUGGCGGCGUGCGCGCGCCGAGACCCGCCCGCGCUGCAGCGGCUGCACCUGGGGCCCGCCGGCCUCAACCUGCUCUGGGUCAUCGGCCGGUGACCGCCCGUUCACAUUUACACUCCGAACGUACACAAACAGUGUUGCUUUUGUACCUUGUAAAUAUUACCAGUGGCCAUAAUAAAAAUCAAUGUUGCA